AUGAACAUACUGCUUCGCAAUGCGGCACGUUCUAUUAGACGGCCUGCAGGUCUCCCAUUGCGACGUGGCGUCAUCAACUUAGCUGGUGUAGACGAAGAAUGGGAUGAAGACCAUUACCUCGACAUGCUCCAGACACCAUAUGAAGACGACGACACUGUCGCAGCCGGCCAUCUCAUGCUGCAGCAUCAACGACAAGUUUUAUAUUAUCUUCGACUAAUAGAGCACGAGAUGCCCAAACUCGUAGCUUAUCGCAAGCCGUUUGACCCUCCAGCAGACAGAGAUGCCCCACUAGUAGUGCGCUCAAUUGACUAUGGCGGAGAAGAGCAUCCUGCAACCGCAAAACGCGUUAUUGUUACUGCUGUCGACUCCCUGCCGCUGAAGAAUGCCGACGCGAUUCAUAGAAUUAAACUGCUUGCUGGUCCACGUUGGACUCCACAUCCGCCUGCGGAUGGCGGCAUGAAUGGGUUAGACGAGUGGAAAAACGGCUACAUCAAGAUUUCAUGCGAGGACUUCCCUGAACCUGCCAUGAACCUCAAAUGGGCGAGUGACGCGAUGGAUCGGCUUGUAACUCAGGCAAAUAAUUCCAAGCCCGACUUGAAGAAUAUACCUGUCGAUUUACGACACGUCCACGCCAAGGCUCGCAAGGCGAAGAAGGGAGAACACACUCGUGCUCGAGUUUAUGGACGGCCCUCCGUUCAUGAUUUCCCUCUAGAAUGGAUACGACCGGAACGUAGGAAGUAUGCUUUGGAAUAA